CGCGAACACUUUGAGGUUCGAUCAAACGAGCAUAGACCGUUGUUGUGACAAAACAAAUUGCGAUGUGAAAUUAUUGUCCUUUUUUAUUUAUUAUAAAGUAUUCUCAGAUUUAUAUAACGAAAUCAGAACAGAACCCAAAUAUGUCUUUGCUUCGUCUGUUCCGGUGCAAUGGCAACAGAAGUAUUAGAUCUAUUUGUACCGGGCAAAUCAUUCUAGGCUCCCGCUACAAUGAUAACAAACCUCCUACUCCGAUGAUUGAUUUGGAAGAUAAAUCAAUUCCGAUUCCCAUUUACAAAGAGAAGAAAAAUGAGCCGUUGCGCUUGCAGAAGUCAAGGUUGCUGUAUCAAUCAAGGAAGCGUGGAAUGCUGGAGAACGGUUUGCUGUUGAGUACGUUUGCCGCAAAAUACUUGGAAGCGAUGGAUGCUAAGCAAACCAAACUGUAUGAUCAGCUGAUCAACAUGCCUACGAACGAUUGGGAUAUAUUCUAUUGGGCAACCGGCGUUAAGCCAACUCCGGCCGAGUAUGACAACGAGAUUAUGGCUUUGCUGAAGGAACACGUUAAGAAUGCCGACCGUGAGAAAAGAAUUUGUCAGCCUAACUUGUAUUGAAUUAUGACAGUACUUUUAUUUAGUCGUUUUUAAGGAAUGUGAAUAAAAAUGUUGCUGUUUGAUUAGUAUAA